AUGAAAGUGAGCAAAGACUAUUUGAAUUUUCAACCCUGUACUUUAGAAGGUGCGGAAGCAAACAAGUGGAGAUGGUUUGAGAGAUGUAUUGGAGCACUUGAUGAGACUCAUAUUUCGGUUACAGUUUCUCCUGAUGAGAGACCUAUAUAUCGUAAUAGAAAGGGUGAUGUCUCUACAAAUGUGUUAGCUGCUUGUGGUCUAGAUUUAAGGUUUAUUUAUGUGUUACCUGGGUGGGAAGGGUUUGCAGGAGAUUCUCGAGUAUUACAAGAUGCAUUACGUCGUCAAAACAAAAUUGAAAUUCCAACUGGUAAGUAUUUUCUUGUGGAUGCGGGAUAUACCAAUGGUCCGGGAUUUUUAGCACCAUAUCGAGGAACUAGAUAUCAUCUCAAUGAGUGGAUUGGAAACACCCCUCAAAGUUACAAGGAGUUAUUUAAUCUUCGUCAUGCAAGUGCUCGAAAUGCAAUAGAAAGGUUGAAUAAGUGA